GGGAUACGGAAUUAUAGAUUUCUUUGUCCGUUACAUUGAAACUGGCUACUCAAAAGAAUUCUAGCUCUUCACGACCUUCGCCUGCGACACAAAGUUCAUAUAAACAUUUAAAUGUACUUUUCUUUUCUAUUUUAGUUCUUAUUGUUGCAUACCUUCUUAGACAAUACCCGUUAUCUAAAAUGUCAAAAGAGGAAGACAAACGUGUUUUGUUGCCUACUAAUGUAAGGCCAACUCACUAUACUUUGACUAUCACUCCAGACUUGGUUAACUUCACUUUUAAAGGUUCAGAAGUCGUCAAUCUCAAUAUUAAUGAAAACACCAAUGUUAUAACUCUUCACGCUAAUGAUAUUGAAAUAAAAUCUGCCAAGCUAGUAAAUUCGGCUUUGAAGACCAAUCAAGGUUUCAGAACAGUAAAUAUUGCUAAAAAUGCCGAAACCCAAACUGUUACCUUAACUUUUCCACAAGAAAUUUCUGCCAAAACUACUGCUACCCUUCAUAUUGAAUACACUGGCAUUUUGGACGAUAAAAUGCUCGGAUUUUACAGAAGUUCUUAUAAGGAUCAAGAUGGAAAGACCAGGUAUAUGGCAUCAACCCAAUUUGAAGCAACUGAAGCCCGUCGAGCUUUUCCUUCAUGGGAUGAACCCGCAAUUAAAUCUACUUUCGAUAUCACCUUAAUUGUACCUGCUGAAAUGACUGCUUUAAGUAAUAUGAAUGUAGUCAGCGAAACUCGACUUGGUGAUGGUAAAAAAGAAGUAAAAUUUGCAAGAACACCGAUAAUGAGUACCUACUUAGUUGCGUUCGUUGUUGGUGACUUGGGUUACGUUGAAUCCUUUACAACUGGGAAACAUAAUGGCGGCAAGUCUGUAACGGUUAGAGUAUAUGCACCUAAGGGAGAAGAACGACAUGGUGAUUUUGCAUUGAAAAUAGCAACAGAUACUUUAGAAUAUUUCGCAGAAGUAUUUGGUAUUCCAUAUCCUUUACCAAAAUGUGAUAUGGUUGCAAUUCCAGAUUUUGAAGCGGGCGCUAUGGAGAAUUGGGGUCUGAUAACUUAUCGUACUACCGCAGUUCUCUACGAUCCAAAGGCAUCUGAUGCGAAAUUCAAGCAACGUAUUGCAUAUACUGUGUCCCAUGAAUUGGCACAUCAGUGGUUCGGUAAUCUUGUAACUAUGGAAUGGUGGACUGAUCUUUGGCUCAAUGAAGGUUUCGCUACAUGGGUCGGAUAUCUUGCAGUUGAUAAAUUAUUUCCUGAUUGGGAGAUAUGGAAUCAAUAUGUCACUGAAGGAUUUCAGCGAGGCCUUCAACUCGAUGCCUUAAGAUCUUCUCAUCCUAUUGAAGUUCCUGUAAAUGAUUCCAGUGAAAUUCAUCAGAUUUUCGAUGCCAUUAGUUAUUAUAAGGGUGCGAAUGUAAUUCGCAUGUUAAGUGCCUUCCUCGGGGAGAAAGUGUUCUUAUCCGGUGUUAAACGAUAUUUGAUGCGUCAUAAAUUCAGUAACGCAAGUACCGAUGAUUUAUGGAAAGCAUUGACAGAAGAGAGUGGCAAUGAUGUUAGUAAAUUCAUGACAUUAUGGACAAAAAUGGCCGGGCAUCCGGUAUUAACUGUGGAAGAAACAGGAAAUACUCUGAAAAUUCGACAAUGUCGCUUCCUUUCAUCCGGAGUUGCUAGUCCUGAAGAAGACAAUACCGUAUGGUGGGUGCCUCUUGGCGUUGAUCUUGGGCCAACUGAAACUCAUCAUGAGAUUGGGUCCGUUGUCCUUACACAGAAAGAAAUGACACUGGUAUUGCCUGAAAAAUAUGACUUUUAUCAACUUAACGCACGUAAAACUGGCGUUUUCCGUGUAAAUUACACUCCCGAACGAUUAUCUAAAUUAGGACAAGCUGUUAAAAAAGGGUUGAUUGGGACUAGUGAUCGUAUUGGAAUAAUGGCCGAUGCUGGUGCUUUGGCAGCUAGUGGUUACGGAAAAACGAGUGGACUAUUAAAUUUCAUUAAAAAUUUUGAAGAUGAAGAACAAUACAUUGUAUGGAUUGAGAUUAAUUCUCGUCUCAGCAAUCUACUUAAUGUUUGGUUCGAACAACCAGAUCACAUUUAUCAAGGACUUUUAAAAUUCCAACGUCAAUUAGUUUCUAAACUAGUAGCAAAGCUUGGAUGGGAAUAUUCGGAUAAUGACGAUUAUUUGACAACAAUGUUGAGAUCACUUGUUAUUAAGAUGGCUGGUAGAGCUAAUGAUCCAGACACUGUUAAAGAAGCUCAUCGAAGAUUUCAUUCCUUCACUAAACGAAAUGAAGAAUCUGCUUUACAUCCUAACAUUCGUGGUGUUGUUUUUGAAAUUGUUCUAUCUUAUGGUGGCGGAAAUGAGGAAUUUGAUUCUAUAUUGAAAUAUUAUAGUGAGGCAAGGACAGCUGAUCAAAAAGUAGUAGCCUUGACUGGACUUGGUUUUGCUCAGAGUGAUGACUUGAUUCAACGAGCAUUAAAAUUCUCUACAAGUGAAGAAGUUAGAAAUCAAGAUAUUAUUUACGCGUUUAAUGGAUUACAAGCCAAUCGUAAAUCACGAAGAGCUUUAUGGAAUUUCGUUAAAGAAAAUUUCUAUAUGUUACAUGAACGAUAUGCCAAGUCUCUUGCACUUUUCGAACAUAUUAUUAAAUUUGGCACCGAGUUAUUUGCAUCUGAAGAUGAUAUUAAAGAUGUUGAGAAAUUCUUUUCUAAUAAAAAUUGUAAAGAAUUCGAAAGACCAUUACAACAAAGUAUAGAAAAUAUACGUGCUAACGCAGCUUGGGUUGAGCGUGAUGCAAAAGAUGUUGAAGAAUGGUUAAAAACUAAUGGUUAUAUACAAUAAUUUUAUUUUUGUUAAGUUACAUAUGUACAUAUGUAAAGUAUUUUUUAAAUAAAUUUGAAAUUUCUUAAAUCAGCUGAUCAAAUAAUCGUGAUCGACAAU